AUGCUCCUGUGUAUGCUCUUUGCCAUUGGUCGCCUCUUUUUCGCCUUUAAGCCCAGCCGUGCUGCUAUCAUAGUGAAGAGGGCACUGCUGCUAAGCUCAGUCUCGUAUCUUGGUAGAGCGCUCUGUGUGCCUGUUACAAUGCUCCCGAAUCCUGACCCAAUGUGUAUGCCCCGCUUGGUGGAAGGGAGCCCUUUCUGGUCGGUCAUGCUCAUGCCUUUCGGCCUCUCCCAUACUUGCGCGGAUGUCUUCUACUCUGGGGCAUCGCCCGAGCUCAGGCUGCAGACGCUGUAUACGGGAGUUGUCCCUUUGAAGUUUGCGGAGGACCCGAGGCUCCUUUGGGGCACUCGAGUGGAGGGAGGCGAUGGGAGUUGGUCGACUACCCGUGGAGGCAUCAUUGGCCCAAUGGAGACCACAUUCAGGCAGCAUGCAUACAGUAACGGGAUGGUCAAUGGGAGUGAUAUGAAUACUCCCGAGUCGGCUCAGAGUAGUAAUGGAGCUCUUCAGCGGAGCGUGCGAGUACACUGA